AUGCGGGACGAUGUAAAUUAUGUUGCGGAUCAGAUCCAGUUUUGGAACAAUUGGUGUCCGGUAAAGGUUAAUUUCUUAUCAUGGAGGUUGUACUGUAACCGGUUACCGACGAAGGCAGCUUUGUCAAGGCGAAACAUUCAUCUUCCUUCUACGACGUGUGUGUUGUUUGGUGACUAUGAAGAGACUACCGAUCACUUGUUUGCCUCCUGUAGGUUAGUUCAGCAAGUAUGGGAUGAAAUUUCUCGGUGGUGCCGUAAUCCUACCCCAUUCUUAUUUAGUGCGAAAGAUGUGUUGGAGCUACAUCUGCAUUGUCGCGGUUUAGCAAAGUGGAAGAGAGCCUUGUAUUCGGUUGUGCAGACUUGUAUCUGGUGCAUAUGGCAAGCCCGUAAUGAGGCGACCUUUGACUAUAAAAGGAUGUCUGUGGAAAGAGUUGUAGAGGAAGUCAAAGUUUUGGGUUAUCUGUGGCUAAAACAUCGAUACGAAGGCAAGCAUGCUUACAUGGAAUCACUAGCAAAUGUUUGA